UUUUAUCUCCCGCCAUAUUCGUCACGCAGUGUGCUUUGCACGAAGACACGACAUUUUUUGUCGUGGUUUUUCAUCUACAGCGAACUUGUUUGUGAAAUCAGAAAAUCUCUUUGGUGCAAGCAACAUGUCGGGAAUCUCUGUGGACAAAGAUGCCUUUUUCAGGCGGAUGAAAGUGAUGUAUGACGCGUGGAAUAAUUCGUCCGAUAACAAUGGCCUCGGCAACGUUGACGCCAUUUACACAGCAGUCGGUCUGGACGAAGACGUCGUCUAUGCCAAGUCAACAGCCUUACAAACGUGGUUGUUUGGCUACGAGCUGACGGACACGGUCACUGUCCUGUGUGAGAGCAACAUUUUCUUCCUGGCUAGCAAGAAGAAAGUAGACUUCCUGCGACAGAUUGCUGACUCAGAGAAGGAGAAUCAGAAUGGGGUACCGGUCAUCACACUGCUGACCAGGGACAAGAGUGAUGGGAACCAGGCAAAUUUUGAGAAGUUGACAGAGGCUAUCAAGGCUAGCAAAGAGGGCAAGCGUGUAGGCACAUUUGUGAAGGACAAGUUUCCUGGUGACUUCAUGAACAGCUGGAGACAAGCUUUGACUGCUACCGGAGCAAAUGAGGUCGAUAUCAGCAGUUCCAUCGCCCAACUGAUGGCAGUCAAGGAAGAGAAGGAGAUUGCCCUGAUGAAGCGAGCAGCCCAGAUCACAUGUGAUGUCUUCAAUAAGAAAGUCAAGGAAGACAUUAUGGAGAUUGUGGAUGCAGAUAAGAAAGUUAGACACAACAAACUAGCAGAUAGUAUCGAAGCAGCCUUAGAGGACAAGAAGAUCUUAGGCAACACGGAUCCCUCUCUGGUAGAGGUCUGCUACCCUCCAAUCAUUCAGAGUGGAGGCAACUACAACCUCAAAUUCAGCGUCGUCAGUGACGAGAACAAACUCCAUUUUGGUUCCAUCACCUGCUCCCUGGGAGUGCGUUACAAAUCUUACUGUUCUAACGUCGUCCGAACCCUCAUGGUGGAUCCUACCAAAGAACAGCAGGAGAAUUACAAUUUCCUGCUCAGUGUGGAGGAAGAAGUCAUCAACAAGUUAAGGAGCGGCAAAAAGCUGUCUGAUGUGUAUAACGGUGCUGUGGCAUUGGUCAAGAAAGAAAAAGCAGAACUCCUACCAAAGAUGACAAAGAAUGUUGGGUUUCUGAUGGGGAUCGAGUUUCGCGAGGGUAGCAUGUUAAUCAACAGCAAGUCAGAAGCAGUAGCCAAGAAAGGUAUGAUCUUCAAUAUCAACGUUGGCUUCUCCAACCUCCAAAACAGUGAGGCGAAAGAUAACGGCGGCAAGAACUACGCAUUGUUUGUCGGCGACACUGUGCUUGUCCAGGAGGAGGGGCCUGCCGUGCUUCUGACACCAAUGAAGAAAAGAAUUAAACACAUAGGCAUCUUUCUCAAGGGUGAUGAUGAGGAUGAAGAUGAAGACCUUGAAGAUGCUAAACAGAAGCAGGAGGAGCUCUUAGGCAGGGGAAUGAGACGGGCUGUCUUGGAGAGUAAACUCAGGACGGACAUGACAGCUGAGGAGAAGCGGAAGGAGAGACAGCGAGAGCUGAGAGAGGAGAUGAACAGAGAGGCUCUGGAUAGAUUAAAGCAAGUCAAGGAAGAAUCCUCGAAGACCAAAACCAGAAAGUCCAACGCAUCUUACAAGCACGUAUCCCAGAUGCCCCGGGACCCUGAUGUACAGCGGUUACGUCUCUAUGUGGAUAAGAAGUAUGAAACGGUUAUCCUGCCUGUCUUUGGACAAGCUACGCCAUUCCAUAUAUCCACCAUCAAGAAUAUCAGUCAGAGCGUGGAAGGGGACUACACAUAUCUGAGAAUCAAUUUCUUUCAUCCUGGUGCUGCUCUUGGACGAUCUGACGGCAACAUGUUCUCCAACCCUGAAGCUACGUUUCUGAAAGAGCUGACAUAUCGGAGUUCCAAUACCAAGGGUGCAGGGGAAUCAUCAACUCCUUCCAGCAACCUCAACCUCGCCUUCAGACUUAUCAAAGAUGUCCAGAAGAAAUUCAAGACUCGAGAGGCGGAGGAGAGAGAGAAGGAGGGCAUUGUGAAGCAAGAUAAACUGAUCAUCAAUCCAACACGAGGGAACCCAAAGUUGAAAGACUUGUACAUCAGACCAAACAUUGUCCAGAAGAGAAUACAAGGCUCUCUGGAAGCACAUACAAACGGUUUCAGGUAUACGUCUGUCCGUGGUGAUAAAGUGGAUAUCUUAUAUAAUAACAUCAAGCAUGCCAUCUUCCAGCCGUGUGAUGGUGAAAUGGUUAUUGUUCUCCACUUUCACCUCAAGAAUGCCAUCCUCUUCUCUAACAAGAGACACGUUGACAUCCAGUUCUACACCGAAGUGGGAGAGAUCACCACGGAUCUGCUGAAACAUCACAACAUCCACGACAGGGACGACAUUGCUAGCGAACAGGCUGAACGUGAGCUUCGUCACAAGCUGAAGGCAGCCUUUAAGAGUUUCAUUGAGAAAGUGGAGAGUAUCACCAAGGGAGAUAUUGAGUUUGAGGUGCCAUUCCGUGACCUGGGAUUCCCCGGUGUACCACACCGUAGCACGGUGCAACUCUUACCUACCAGUAGCUGCCUUGUCAACGUCACAGAAUGGCCCCCAUUUGUCAUCUCGUUGGAGGAAGUCCAGCUGGUCCACUUUGAGCGUGUACAGUUUCACAUCAAGAACUUUGACAUGGUGUUCAUCUUUAAGGAUUACACACGCAAGACGGCCAUGGUGAACGCUGUUCCCAUGAAUCUCCUGGACAACGUCAAAGAUUGGCUCAAUUCUUGUGACAUCAAGUACACAGAAGGCAUCCAGUCUUUGAAUUGGAGUAAGAUCAUGAAAACAAUCCUGGAUGACCCCGAGGGAUUUUUUGAGAACGGUGGAUGGAACUUCUUGGAACCAGACAGUGAUGGAGGCGAGGAUGAAGAUGAGGAAUCUGAGGAGGAUGCCUAUGAACCCUCAGGUUCCGAGGAGGAAGUGGACAGUAAUGAAUCCGACAGUGAUGAUUACUCGGAGGAGUCCGAGUCUGAUAGUGAUUACUCAGAAGAGGAACUUGGAAGCAGUGAAGAAAGUGGGAAAGAUUGGGAUGAGUUGGAGAAGGAAGCAGCGUCAGCGGACCGACGAAGAGACUGGAACGAAGAGAUGGAAGAGGAGACACUGAGUCGUAAGAGAAAGCGCAACGAGGCGUCUCGCAGCGACAACAGGAGACAUGACGCCAAGAGGAGGCGUUGAAAGACCAGCUGUUUGCCGGAUAGUCACACCGCCGGAUAGAGGGCGCUGCACAGAUGCCUACCAUGCAACAUCUGUACAUAUUGCUAGUUUGGCCCUUUUAGAUGUAGAAGUGGGUACGUCUGAUGGGUCUUCAACAUAUUGGAAUCCCAAGUAAUGUUGACUUUUGUACAAACAAAAGGGAUUCACCAGUGUACACUUGUGGAAUUUGUACAUUCGAUUUUUCCGUCAGUGAAAGGGGGAUAUCUGAGUUAUGAAAGAUGAAAAUUGAAGUUGCUUUGAGCUGUGACAUUUAUUGAAUCAUUCAUCCGACCCACCAAUGUCAGUGGUUUAACUAAAAAUUCUACCUAAGAGGGAAAGGUUUUUCAUUGGUAAGUAUCGUCAAGCCUAGGCUUGAGAUCAAGUCGGUAAUUGGCAGGGUGUAGUCCACCUUCCUCGUGAUACGUAACGUGUGCAUAACGUGUUUGCAGUUUUAAUAAUGCGGGAACAGUCAUUGCAACCUCGUUCCCCAAUAUGCGUGUUCGGUGGUGCCCAAUUACCGACAUAAACAAUUCGCAAGCCCAUUUGUGUACAACAUAUGGGGCCUGCUACCAAAAUUGGGCGGUGCACCUUGACUGGCUAAGAAUCUCGAUUAUAUGAAUAUUUAUUUUAGGGGUAGUUUGAUUGGUUGGUUGAAUGCUUAUUAGCAACAACCACAGUCUCGUUCAUUGAAGUGGGUGUUUACAUUAUUCUAAAAAGAUGGUUAACCAUAAAAGCAUCCUUGUUUUAAAACCAAAAACAGAUAUUUAAUAGAUUUUUUCUUGAAUGGAGUAUAGUUUGUCUUUAGGCGUCAUAUUAAACACCACGGGUCAUUUGGUAAACAC